UUCUCAUCAGAUAAAUAGAGAGACGAUCAUCAUACCUUCUUCGAUCUCUCAUUCAAUAUCUCUGAUUAAAUCUCCUAAAAAACUUCUUUUUCGUUUAGCCACACAAAAGAAAAAAACAACAACAUGUCUUCGAACAAGGUUGUGUUGACUAGCUCCGAUGGUGAAACUUUCGAGAUUGAAGAAGCGGUGGCUCGUAAAUUGCAGAUCAUAGGGCACAUGAUCGACGAUGACUGCGCCGAUAAAGCAAUCCCGCUGGCGAACGUCACUGGUAAGAUCCUCGCACUGGUCAUCGAGUAUUGCAAGAAACACGUCGAUGAUAAAGAUUCAACCAAGGAAGAGGAAGCCAAGGCGGAGGAGCUCAAGACUUGGGACGUAGAGUUCAUGAAAAAUAUUGAUAUCGAAACAACCUUCUCAAUCAUUCUCGCUGCUAACUAUCUCAACGUCAAAGACCUUCUCGAUCUCACUUGCCAGAGCGUUGCAGAUCACAUCAAAGACAUGUCGCCAGAGGAGAUUCGAACGAUCUUCAACAUCGAGUGCGAUUUC